UUCAAAGUCCUAAUGUUUACUUGGCUCAUAAAAUAACAAAAUAAUAUGUAUUGAUGUGUAGAAAAUACAGAAGACGAGUUUUCUGGGGUUGAUGUGCAUUGGAAUGCAAAUACUUCCAAUGGAACUACAGAGGAUAUUUAAUGAAUUGUGGCAGUGCUCUUUGGACAACUACUGAAGAAUGAAGAUUGUAUUGAGUUUGACGGGAGGUGGAUGGAAAAUCCCCUUUUGAUAAGUUUUCUCAUCAUUUAAGCAAUUUUUUUCAUGAACAAUGCUCCGAAUGUUUAUCGAUAAUCUUACAUUGCUCGUAUUACCUCACCGUCUUCCGCCACAGGCAGAUGCCCUGACGUAAUUUCCCAGAUAUAGCUCACAAGUGAAUAAAUUAUUUUGCCAUAUCAAGGGUGAACCGUAGGUCAUUCAAUCCGUCACACUGCCAGCACAAUUACUCCCCACCCCAGAGCCCCUUUGCACUUAUCUAGUGUGAAGUCAAAUGUAUGCACACUACUCUUCCUUGCUGGCCUUUUUAGAAUGCCAUCUAUUGUGACCGAGAUCCACCACACAAGCACUAGCACCACUGGGAUGGCGAAGCUUCAGUCUUCUUACUCUUCAGCACCCUUGGCCUUGUUCUGGAAGCGGCGCGGGCAUUUGGUGUUUGCUCUCCUUGUUAUGCUCUCCGUCACCACAGUCCACAGUCAUUGCCUUUCUAAUCAGAGGCGGGAUUGAAUCCUGUGAUUGCCGCAGAGGAGUGGGUUCUGGGAAGGUAUUUGGUGGUAAUGUGCAAGAUUUCAAGCAGAUUGGUCCUGCUGGGAUUCGUGGGAGCCCACUCAGUUUCAUGAAGUCGAAGCAUGUACUUUUGGUUUCACAUGAGCUCUCUCUUUCAGGAUCAAGAUGCCUAAAACCUACGUUGUUCACCUUGGAAAUAGCAAAGAGCUAAUGGAAGUUGCAGAAGACAGUGUUGCAAAAAGGGUUUUGCGUGAACAUGUUCGCGAGUCGCUCGGAGUUCGAAAUGAAGAUAUACUAUUCGCUCUCAUAAAUAUUGAAAAUGUGAGCGAUCCUAUUCUUCCUGUCCAUGAUUUAUUUCCUUUACCACCUCAUAUAUUUGAUUUUUUUGUUAAUAACACAACCUAAAAUAUUGUUGUGGGUCCAGCCCAUUUUAUUUGGGUUCCAUUUUUCUUUGGUGGAGGGCCCAAUUGUGUUUUUACUUUGUUGACUAAAAAAAAAGGAGAGUAAAAAAAGGGCUGGGCAGUAGAGGACUUACGGACAGAGCAGAAAAAAAAAAAUCAGAAUUGAGAGAGGAAAGGUGCUGGUGCAGAAUUUACAGACCAGCCGCACAAAUUCGAUCAUCGCCGGAGAUCCAGCCGUUGGAUUGAGCUGAAAUUUUCAGAGGUUGUUCCCAACACUUAGGGCUUCAAUCUGUUCAAUUUUCACAUCAAUCGGAGCUACGGAUCUUCUGUAAUCGCAGCUGGUGCGCCGCUGCGUUUUUGGGUGAUAAUCCUGUUUUUCCUUCUCAUAUGCUGCAUAUCCCAAUAAAAAUUCAGCUAGGAUGCAUCAACCAAUUGGCCCAGUAAAAGAGUAUAAUGCGUAUUUUAUAUUCGUCCGUCACUGACACUUUUUACGGAGUACUCCGUAGUUUACAAGGGGAUUAUUCCUUCAAACGAACAGACCCAGCCCGCUCGGCCCCUCCACUGCAUUUUCACGACGCCGCCUCCGGCCCUGCCGGCGCACGCUCCCACGGUCCGACCGGCGAGGACUCCUCCGUGGUAGCACCUCAACGUCUUCCGCCGCAGGCAGAUGCCGUGACGUAAUUUCUCAG